AUGGAGUCUUGGGUUCGACUUUUGAUCCUUGUGGCAUGUUUGUUUCCGGUGAUGGUUGAAUGCAGGGUUCGACACUACAAAUUCAAUGUAGUGAUGAGGAACACCACCAGAUUGUGUUCAACGAAACCCAUUGUCACUGUCAAUGGACGUUUCCCAGGACCCACUCUCUACGCUAGGGAGGGUGAUAAUGUCCUCGUCAAGGUAGUGAUGAGGAACACCACCAGAUUGUGUUCAACGAAACCCAUUGUCACUGUCAAUGGACGUUUCCCAGGACCCACUCUCUACGCUAGGGAGGGUGAUAAUGUCCUCGUCAAGGUCGUCAACCAUGUCAAGUACAACGUCUCUAUACACUGGCAUGGAAUCAGGCAACUCCGGACGGGUUGGGCAGAUGGGCCGGCAUAUAUUACACAGUGCCCGAUCCAGCCUGGGCAGAGCUACGUCUACAACUUCACCAUCACUGGCCAACGAGGCACUCUUCUCUGGCAUGCACAUAUUCUAUGGCUAAGGUCCACUGUUCAUGGUGGCUUGGUUAUCUUGCCUAAGCGUGGGGUGCCAUAUCCAUUUCCCAAACCCCAUAAGGAAGUAGUUGUCGUACUAGGUGAAUGGUGGAAAUCAGAUACUGAAGCCGUGAUCAAUGAAGCUCUGAAAUCGGGUGGGGCGCCAAAUGUCUCCGACGCCCACACCAUCAAUGGUCAUCCUGGACCGCUCUCAAAAUGUUCUUCUCAAGGCGGGUUCACGUUGAGCGUUGAUCCUGGCAAAACCUACAUGCUGCGAGUGAUCAAUGCUGCACUCAAUGAAGAACUAUUCUUCAAGAUUGCUGGGCAUAAGCUCACAAUAGUAGAAGUUGAUGCUACUUAUGUGAAACCUUUCAAAACCGAUACAAUUCUGAUUGCCCCAGGCCAAACCACGAAUGUCAUUCUAACUACUGACCAAAGCUCCGGCAAAUACAUGGUCGCCGCCUCUCCGUUCAUGGACUCCCCUAUAGCCGUCGAUAACAUGACUGCAACCGCCACCGUUCACUACACCGGUACACUUGCUACAUCCCCCACCACCCUCACAAGCCCACCUCCCAAAAAUGCCACACCUGUUGCUAACAAGUUUACAAAUUCUCUUCUAAGCCUAAAUUCGAAGAAAUACCCUGCUAAAGUCCCAUUAAAGAUUGAUCACUCCCUUUUCUUCACUGUUGGAUUGGGGGUUAAUCCAUGCCCAACUUGCAAAGCUACUAAUGGUAGUCGGGUCGUGGCCGGUAUCAACAAUGUCACCUUCAUCAUGCCAAAAACAGCUCUCCUUCAAGCACAUUACUUCAAUAAGAAAGGAGUUUUCACCACUGAUUUUCCCAGUAACCCUCCGUUUGCUUUCAAUUAUACUGGUACUCAACCAACAAACAUGCAAACUACGACUGGGACGAAGGUAUAUCGACUAUCUUACAACUCCACAGUUCAAUUGGUUCUGCAAGACACAGGUAUGAUAGCCCCAGAAAACCAUCCAAUCCAUCUACAUGGAUUCAACUUCUUCGGGGUAGGCCGGGGAGUAGGAAAUUACAAUCCAAAGAAAGAUCCUAAAAAGUUUAAUCUUGUUGAUCCUGUUGAAAGGAACACAAUUGGAGUACCCUCUGGUGGAUGGGUUGCUAUUAGAUUUCGGGCAGAUAAUCCAGGUGUUUGGUUCAUGCACUGUCAUUUGGAAGUGCACACAACAUGGGGACUGAAAAUGGCAUUCCUGGUUGACAAUGGCAAGGGACCUAACGAGUCUCUUUUGCCACCUCCAAGUGAUCUUCCUAAAUGUUAACACCAUGGAUACAAGAUCAAAAGAAAGGAAGGGAUGGGAAGAGGAAGAAAAGAAAGAGUGAUAAAAAGAGUUGGAAACAGGGUCUUUUUUUUUUUUGAUAAAACUGCUCAAGCAAGUUACAAUAAUUAUGCCAUAAAUCUUCAUUUUUUGAAGCAAAUUUACAUCUUUUUAUGGACUACAUGUAUUGAAAUUGUUUAUGUAAAAUUUUGUGAUUUUUAUAGAGAUUUGAAAG